GCACAGAUCCACAUCCAACGACUCACACUACAGGCUUUGAUUGCUGGCUGAGGAUUGUCUACUUUUGUGGGUUGCAGGUAUGAGGGUGCUACACUGGUGCAUGCUGGGAGUGACCAUCCUGCUGCUGGUGUGCGAGGUCACCAUCAGUCAGCUGUGCCACUCACAAAUCAUCCUGGUGGACAGUUUCCACACACUCUUCAUCCUCAUGCGGAUGGCUCUUACUCCUCCUCCAACUGCAGGCGUAACAGAACCACCUCUCUCCUCUCUGGAGGAGUCCCCUGCGUCUCCUCCUCUUGCUUCCUCCUUCACAGCAGUGCUUCCUUCCACCCUGCCUGCAGAGUCAUCGAUCGAACCUCAGCCUGGCACCCAGACCACCACUGAUGGGUCGACCCUCCCAGAUCCACCUCCCACCCCUCACCCUCCAGCUCUCACCUGCGGUCUCUCCCACACCAAAUGCAGGAUUCAGGCUGUGGGUCCUUUCAUUUCCGCUCUCCUCCUGGCCUCUCUGUGUCUCUCUUACAUAAUGGAGAUCAUCAGCUCUUCCCUGGAGCCACAACCAGUGCAGCGCCCCCUGCUGCCUGUGGUGGUCAGCGCUGUCAGUGUGCUCCAUAAGAUGCUGGUGUUCUGGCUGAACUGGGAUCAGCAGCAGGCCCUGCAGACCGAAUCUCACCUUGAGGUGAACCCCAAAGUCUUGGCUGAAGAGGAAACCAAAGGCCAGGCCGAGCCAGGGCGAGUCCUGUAUGACGUUAGACGAGUCCAAUCUGCUGUGAACGACUCGCUCCACAAUGGGGCGCUUGUCCUGUGUAACCCGGGAACCUCCAGCAUCCCUGACGCUGACACUCAAACCCCUGAACCACAGGCAGAAGUCCACCUGCAUGCAGCAGCUCAACAGGACAGCAGGGACUGUGAAUUAGCGCCCAGUGCUGCAGAUCUGAGUCAUUCAGAGGACAUCACAGAGAUUUCCAAAGACAACACUUGCGUGGGACAUCUUGAGAGUCACAACACGUUUAAUACCUCCCCAGUCUGCCAGUCAUCUUAUCCCAUUGAGAGGCCAACCAGCCAGUGGCUACUCUGUCUCCUGUCGUUCCUCCUUGUCAUUCAGAACCUGUGUACCUCCUUCCUGGCUCUCAUCAACAGCCUGGUGAUGUCGCUGAUCGACCCACAGUGCCUGCACAGCUCUGGGGCCUGUAGCCUCCUGGUUUACCUGGAUCCUGGCCUCUCCCUGUUGGCUGUGGUUGUGCUGAUUGCCACAGCCAGGCCACAGGUGCACAGGUAUGGACUGCUGCUGCUACAGGCCUCACCUCCACACAUCUGUGUGUCCGAUCUUGGACAGAGGAUUGCGAGCGUCUCCGGGGUGCAGGCUGUGCACGACCUCCAUGUCUGGCAGUUAACUGAAUCACUCAUUGUGGCCUCUGUCCAUGUACACUGCCAUGCUGGAUUUCCAGCACACAGGUGUGCUGAUCUGAUGUCAGAUGUCACUAAGGUGCUGCAGAGCGUAGGAGUGAGCUGCUGCACCGUUCAGCCAGAGUUCGCUUCCUGCUCUGAGUCCUCUGUAGGCGGUGGGGGCGACGCCUCCCCUGCCGUCCACAGAGAGGACCCCUCCCUGCCUCCCCUCCUGGCCUGCAGCCUCGCCUGUGGAAAGGCCUGCUCUGGGAAUAUGUGCUGCUCUCCGUUGGAAGUGGAGCCCAGGAGGCUGCUGGCGCCACCAGCUGGGCAAACGAAGAAAGAGCCUCAAACGCUGGUCAUCGAGAACACCUUCCUGGAGGAAAAUAAAUGAAUGAUCUGUCUGCCAUGUUGGAUGGAUGAUGGAUGUAAUGUCUCUAAAACGCUGCCUGCACGUUAUAUGUAAAUGUUCUGUUAGUUUUGUGACAUUAACACGGUGCUGCACCAAAGAUUUUUAUGCAAAGUCAAGUGAAAUUUA